AGAACCCAGGCGUCCCAGCUCUGGGCUGCUCGCACCCAGAUGGCUCCGCCCCGUACAGGGUGACGCGGGCAGCCAUGCCGCUGCUGCGACCUGGAAGCAAACAGCCCGGGGGUCAUAUGGAAAGUGUCAAUCCAGGGACAGCUCCGCAGGCUCCCUGUCUCUUCUCCGGAGGCCAGCAGGGGGCAGCUGGGAGUUGGGGUCCUGCUCCUGGAGCCUGGUCCAGGCUGAAUUGGUGCCGUGGGCCAUGACCAAUGACCUGGACAUCUUUGUGGGGAACACCACGCUGAUCGAUGAGGAGGUGUACCAGCUCUGGCUGGAUGGGUACUCAGUGAGUGAUGCGGUGAGCCUGCGGCUGCGCAGCGGCAUCCUGGAGCAGACGGGGGCCACGGUGGAUGUGCUGCAGAGCGACACCAUGGAUCAUUACCGCACCUUCCAUAUGCUUGAGCGCCUGCUGCACACCCCCUCCAAGCUCAUCCACCAGCUACACUUUCAGAUCCCGCCAUCCCGCCAGGCCAUGCUCAUUGAGAGGUACUAUGCCUUCGACGAGGCCUUCGUGCGUGAGGUGCUGGGCAAGAAGCUCUCCAAGGGCACGAAGAAGGACCUGGAUGACGUCAGCACCAAGACAGGCAUCACCCUCAAGAGCUGCCGACGCCAGUUUGACAACUUCAAGCGGGUGUUUAAGGUGGUGGAGGAGAUGCGGGGGUCCCUGGUGGAGAACAUCCAGCAGCACUUCCUGCUUUCAGACCGUCUGGCCAGGGACUACGCUGCCAUCGUCUUCUUCGCAAACAGCCGCUUCGAGACAGGCAAGAAGAAGCUGCAGUUCCUGACCUUUGAGGAUUUCGCUUACUGCGCAGAGCAGAUGAUCCAGAACUGGACACUGGGAGCCGUGGACUCCAAUGUGGACGACAUGGACGUGGAUCUGGAUAAGGAAUUCCUGCAGGAACUCAAGGAGCUCAAGGUGCUGAUCGCUGAUAAGGAUCUGCUUGAUCUGCAUAAGAGCCUGGUGUGUACGUCACUGCGUGGGAAGAGCUCGGUGUACAACGAGAUGGAAGCCAACUUCAAGAACCUAUCACGGGCACUGGUCAAUAUGGCCUCCAAGCUGAUCCACACCAAGGACGUGCGUGACUUCUUCAUCGACCUAGUGGAAAAGUUCAUUGAGCCCUGCAAGUCGGAUAAGUGGACUUUGAACGACGUCCGACUCUUCCUGACGCAGUACACGAUGUCCGCUCACACCUUGGACGCCUUCCGGCACCAGGCUCUCUGGGAUCGGUACAUGAGCACCAUCAAAUCCUGCCUGCUUAAGAUGUACCACGACUGACAAGCAGGGGGAGCCCUGACUGCUCGAAAUGCCCUGCUCUACCGCUGAUCCCUCUGCCGGAUCCCUCUGCCCUGGUUCUGUUUUCCUGGGAGCCCUGAUGUGAAGUCAUCCCCGCCACUUCCCCAGGGCUGGGCGCUGCCUCCACCCGAGAUUCCCUGUCUCCAUCUUUGGAGUUUUAGCUCAUUUUGGAAAAUAAAUGGAAGAGCCAA